AUGGCAACGCAUCAACCGUCGACCUCCCGCGAAAACGGUAACGUCGCGAACACGAACGAUCAAUCAAUAGCAACCGCGGAGAUAGAAGCCGAAAUAGGUCGUCUCCGGAAUAUCACAGGCGAAAGCGCGCGCCUACUCCUUCCAUCUAGACAAGAACAGAUAUUAGACAGAGUGUUAGAAGCAAUUACAGGACUGCAAGAUAGAAUGAGUAGAAUAGAAAUUGCAAACUACGAUCGCGAAAAUUUCCGAAUAUCACGACUCGACGAUCAGCACAGAACAUUGAACGUAACGUACGGGCGAACAAUAAAUGACGUACGAGAACUGCGACACCGCCCAACGGGAUAUCUACGUCUAAAAGACGCACGCAGCUUGAUACCGGAAAUAGAUGGACACUCGCGUCAGAAGAUGCAGGAAUUCUUAAGUGCCAGCACGUACGCAAUAGAGAAGAUAAAUUACGCGGACAAACCAGCUCUGAUGGAAGAGAUUCUAAAUACAAAAUUGAAGGGAAAACUUCUAUUAGACUUUCAAACUAGAAGUAUAAGAGAUUUUGAACAACUGCGGCGCGAAAUAGAAGCCAACUAUUUGGGAAAACGCGGAACAUCACAUUUACAAUUAGAAUUUAACGCCUUAAAACAAAAGCCAGGAGAAAGUGCUCACACGUUUGGACGACGCGUGGAUACUCUGGCAAUGGAGUUAUACGAAUCGCUCAUAGAAAAACGCGACAAUACAAGUGAACAAAAGCGAGCCAUUUUAGAAACUAUCCAAGACCAAGCCUUAUUGAAUUUCAAGCUGGGAUUAAGAGAGGAUAUUAAACUAGUGGUACGAUCGCAGAAAUAUACUAGCUUACAAGAAGCCAUUAAUGCCGCGAGCGCGGAAGAAAAAGUAAAGGGACCGACUCUACGAGCCAACUAUAAUGAGCGCUAUAAGAACGGUCAAAAUCAAAAUUUAAAAAACACGGGCGUACAAUGCAGCAAAUGCGGGAAGAUAGGACAUCUGGGGCGAGAUUGCCGAUCAAGCAGAUAUGCAACUAAAUUUUCAUUGCCCAGAGCCGAAAAACCAGCAAGCAUAAAUCUCGCGGAAAAGUAUUGCACGUAUUGCAAAAGAGCGGGACAUAAGAGAAAUGAAUGCUGGUCCUUAAACGGACGGCCCGACAAGGAUCUGAAACAGCGCGCGAAACGAGACACCGAUCACAGGGCGAAGCGUGUAAACUCUACCGUAAAGAUAAGACAGAAUAAGCAGCAAAGCGAGAGCGAAGAAUCGUCGUACGGUAGCAGCGAAGAAGAAAAGGAGAGAAGGAAGAACGCAGGCUGCGCACGAGCAUCAAAUUUCGCAGGUGACCGGGAAGUACGCUAA